GCUUUGAGAAGAAUAUCCGGCUCUUCCACAAGAUAUUAAUAUAAUGGACAGGUCGGACACCUCAGGUUUUGUGAGUGGUGGAGGUAGUUUGUUCAGAUUUACUUCACUUGCCUUUUUCAUUUUGAUUUAUGGAUGCUGUUAGUUUCUCCUGCUACCUGGCCCAUCAUUCCUACAGAAUAAAAUUUACAUCAUGAUGAAUUUGAAUACGAAUAAAAAGUUUCCCUCUUGGAACGGUGAGCUGAGAAAGAAUGGCAAUAUUGGGGAUACCGCUUUACUCUUGGAUUGUUUUGGCUAUGGGGGACGUGAUACAGCUGCAUUAGGGAGCAGUCAAACGAAAGAUGGAGGACAGAGUAUCUGUACAAAUGCUUCUGAUGAUGGGUGCAAAUUAGUGCUUGGAUUGGGUCCAACACCUGGUACUUAUUCUGAUGAUUAUUGUGCUGUUCGGGGUAAUAAAAACAAAGGCUCGACAACCAUAUUUACUCAGAGGUUGGCAUCUGACUAUGAUUCGAUUCUGAAACUAGGACUGUCUGGAGACACAGAUGAUGAUUCGAAUAUACUCGAAUUUUCUGCUUCUACACAGAAUGCUUCUGAUGCACUUCACCAGCCGGAUCGAAUGUUUUCAGAUUGUCAUAGGCUUGCAACCCCUGUUGUUGAUGAGGGUUCUACGUCUGCCAAGAAAUCCGGUGGCUAUAUGCCGACGCUACUUUUGGCGCCUAGAAUGGAAAGUAACAAAAUUUCGUUGAGGACUGAUGAGGUUUCAAAUUUUGGUGCAAAAUCCCAUUGCUAUGUUUCCGAGCUCAAUGCUGAACCUUCUAGCGUCUCUAAUUAUUCAACGAGCACCACAUCUGAACCAACGCUACCCGGGGCAUCUUCAGACCUCAGAACUAUCAACCUGAAAAGAUGCAAGUUUGCUGGAUGUACAAAAGGAGCGCGAGGGGGAACGGGUCUUUGUAUUGGCCAUGGGGGCGGACACAGAUGCCAGAAACCUGGAUGCAAUAGAGGUGCUGAGAGCCGAACUGCCUAUUGUAAAGCCCAUGGAGGAGGCAGGAGGUGUGAGCAUCUUGGAUGCACGAAAAGUGCUGAAGGGAAGACGGACCACUGUAUAGCACAUGGUGGUGGAAGAAGAUGUGGGUAUCCAGGAGGGUGCACUAGAGCUGCCCGUGGAAAGUCGGGUCUUUGCAUCAGGCAUGGUGGGGGUAAGAGGUGUAAGGUGGAAGGUUGCAGUCGAAGUGCUGAGGGACAGAUUGGCUUAUGCAUCUCCCAUGGUGGUGGACGACGAUGCCAAUUCCUGGGUUGUACCAAGGGCGCGCAAGGUAGCACCAUGUUCUGCAAAGCACACGGUGGUGGAAAACGGUGCAUAUUUGCAGGGUGCACCAAAGGUGCCGAGGGGAGUACGCCUCUCUGCAAAGGGCAUGGUGGUGGAAAACGCUGCCUCUUUGAUGGUGGUGGGAUAUGCCCAAAAAGUGUGCACGGAGGUACCGAUUUCUGUGUUGCUCAUGGCGGUGGAAAAAGGUGUGUUGUUCCAGGCUGUAGCAAGAGUGCUCGCGGCCGAACUGAUUCCUGUGUCAGGCACGGAGGAGGAAAGCGCUGCAAAUUUGAAAGCUGUGGAAAGAGCGCUCAAGGUAGCACCGACUUCUGCAAGGCACAUGGUGGUGGAAAGAGGUGCAACUGGGGCGGUGGAAAAUGUGAAAAGUUUGCAAGAGGAAAGAGUGGGCUAUGUGCUGCACAUAGCAGCCUGGUUCGAGGACGUGCGAUGAACGAAGGAGGAAUGCUUGGGCCUCGACUCUUCCACGGAUUGGUGCCAGCUGCUUCUACUGCUAGGAGCAGCUUCGACAACACUUGUUCUUCAUCCGGAGUUAGUGUGAUCUCGGAUUCUCCCGAUUCACUUGAACAACCAGCAAAAAGGGCACAUCUCAUACCUCCUCAGGUAUUGGUUCCUUUGUCGAUGAAGGCCUCAUUAUGUCCCGAGAAGCAAGUGGAAACGAGCAAUGCCGGCAACUUUGACAAUACCAGUGAUGGAAAGAGCUUGGAUUAUGUGGUUCCGGAGGGAAGGGUGCAUGGUGGUGGACUCAUGUCCUUGCUUGGGGGGAACCUGAGGAAUGCUAUGGAUGGGGAUUUGAAUUGGUUUUAGAAAAAUCUUCAACUUGUAAUUUAUGUGUUAGUAUUUUGAAUAAUUUACUGUUGUAACUGUGUAUUUAAUGCUUGAAAUUUGUCAAGUGAUACCAUGUAAUUUGGUAUUGUAUGUUGUUAAUAGGAUUUUUAUUCCCAUGUACUUUGAUUAUUGGGUAUUUUGUAAUUAUACAGCUUAUCAGGUAAA